AUGUCGCUGUGGGGGGAGCCGCUGCAGGGCCCGCCGUCCCUGGCCUCCCAGCCCCCUCCGGCCGGUGCGACCCUCAACCGCCUGCGGGAGCCGCUGCUGCGGAGGCUCAGCGAGAGCUUGGACCGGGCGCCCGAGGGCCGGGGCUGGAGGAGGCUGGCAGAGCUGGCGGGGAGCCGGGGGCGCCUCCGGCUCAGUUGCCUGGACCUGGAGCAGUGCUCUCUCAAGGUACUGGAGCCUGAAGGGAGCCCAAGCCUGUGUUUGCUGAAGCUAAUGGGUGAAAAAGGUUGUACAGUCACGGAACUGAGCGACUUCCUGCAGGCUAUGGAACACACUGAAGUUCUUCAGCUUCUCAGCCCGCCAGGAAUAAAGAUCAUUGUAAACCCAGAAUCAAAGGCAGUCUUGGCUGGACAGUUUGUGAAACUGUGUUGCCGGGCAACUGGACAUCCUUUUGUGCAAUAUCAGUGGUUCAAAAUGAAUAAAGAGAUUCCAUAUGGAAAUACAUCAGAACUUAUUUUUAACACGGUGCAUGUAAAAGAUGCAGGCUUUUAUGUCUGUCGAGUUAAUAAUAAUUUCACCUUUGAAUUCAGCAAGUGGUCACAGCUGGAUGUUUGCGAUGUCACAGACGUAACAGAAAGCUUCCGGGAUGAAUUAAAUAAUCUUGGGCAUCCUGAUAAUAAAGAGCAAACGACUGACCAGCCUUUGGCAAAGGACAAGGUUGCUCUUUUGAUAGGAAAUAUGAAUUACUGGGAGCACCCCAAACUUAAAGCUCCUUUGGUGGAUGUUUACGAAUUGACCAACUUAUUAAGACAGCUGGAUUUUAAAGUUGUUUCACUGUUGGAUCUUACUGAAUAUGAGAUGCGUAAUGCUGUGGAUGAGUUUUUACUACUUUUAGACAAAGGAGUAUACGGGUUAUUAUACUAUGCAGGACAUGGUUAUGAAAACUUUGGGAACAGCUUUAUGGUCCCUAUUGAUGCUCCAAAUCCAUACAGGUCUGAAAAUUGCCUGUGUGUACAAAAUAUACUGAAAUUGAUGCAAGAAAAAGAAACUGGACUCAAUGUGUUCUUGUUGGAUAUGUGUAGGAAAAGAAAUGACUAUGAUGAUACCAUUCCCAUCUUGGAUGCACUAAAAGUCACUGCCAAUAUUGUGUUUGGAUAUGCCACGUGUCAAGGAGCAGAAGCUUUUGAAAUCCAGCAUUCUGGAUUGGCAAAUGGGAUCUUUAUGAAAUUUUUGAAAGAUAGAUUAUUAGAAGACAAAAAAAUUACUGUGUUACUGGAUGAAGUUGCAGAAGAUAUGGGGAAAUGUCACCUUACCAAAGGCAAACAGGCACUAGAGAUUCGAAGUAGUUUAUCUGAGAAGAGAGCACUUACUGAUCCAAUACAGGGAACAGAACAUUCUGCAGAAUCUCUGGUGCGGAAUUUACAGUGGGCCAAGGCUCAUGAACUUCCAGAAAGUAUGUGUCUUAAAUUUCAGUGUGGUGUUCAGAUUCAAUUAGGAUUUGCAGCUGAGUUUUCCAACGUCAUGAUAAUCUAUACAAGUAUAGUUUACAAGCCACCUGAGAUAAUAAUGUGUGAUGCCUAUGUUACCGAUUUUCCACUUGACCUAGAUAUUGAUCCAAAAGAUGCAAAUAAAGGCACGCCUGAAGAAACCGGCAGCUACUUAGUAUCAAAGGAUCUUCCCAAGCAUUGCCUCUAUACUAGACUCAGUUCACUGCAAAAAUUAAAGGAACAUCUGAUCUUCACAGUAUGUUUAUCGUACCAGUACUCAGGAUUGGAAGAUACUGUAGAGGAAAAGCAGGAAGUGAACGUUGGGAAACCUCUCAUUGCUAAAUUGGACAUCCAUCGAGGUUUGGGAAGGAAGACUUGCUUUCAGACUUGUCUUAUGUCUAAUGGCCCUUACCAGAGCUCUGUGGCCACCUCAGGAGGAGCAGGACAUUAUCACUCAUCUCAAGACUCAUUCCAUGGCGUUUACCAUUCGCAUCUUGGUAAUUCGAAUAAUGUUCUGCCCUCCGAUAGUUGUCACUGCAGCCGGACUCCAGAUGCGUUUAUUUCAAGUUACCGUGCUCACCAUUAUUCAUGCCAGUUUGGCAGAAGUAAUGUGCCAGUAGAAACAACUGACGAAAUACCAUUUAGUUUCUCAGACAGGCUCAGAAUUUCUGAAAAAUGACCUCUUUGUUUUUUGAAUUUAGCAUAAUUACUAGAUGCCUCAUAUGAAAUAGUACUGUACCUAUAUAAAGCGAGGCAGCGUGAAAAGGCAAAUAUGAAUAUGUAGAGAGAGAAAAUUAGUAACAGCUGGUUCACAGCAAACUCAGGACUGUGAAAUGUUGGCAUUACAUCAUUUAAUCACUUCUUUCUCUUUUUAAAGAUUUUGUGAGUUGGUUGAUCUGUUUUAUAAGAAUGAAGUGUGGGUGUGUAUGUGUUUAUGUGUAAAUAACAAAAAUAUUUUCAUUUGUACCACUCUGAAGUAAGAGCAGUGGGAAUGGCAUUAUUGUCAAAUAUGUGUACUGUAUUUUUAGUACCAGAAAGAACCUUGCUGAUGAUCGGGCUUAACCUAAUUUUAUUAGUGGGAGAAAUAGAGGCAUCUAAAUUAGAGCACCAGAACCAAGAUCUCCAGAAUUCUAUUCCAGUGUUUUUUCCACUACACACUGCCUUUCUGACAGGUUCUGAGACAGGUAAUAUUUUUGUAGAUAGAUUAGAAUAUAUUUAUAUAUGUAUAAAUAUAUAGAUAUGCAUAUCUGUGUAUUAUCUCAAGGAAUGUACAAAUUUUAGUUUGAGAUUAUAGGACUUUGCUGCAAGUGUCAGUUAAGAGGCUUGUGUAUAAAUCUUAUGUAGAACAGGCUGAAAUUUCUUGUUCAUAAGAUUAUGAUACGACAGUCGGUGAGGAUUUCCUGUUUGUCUAUGUUAAAGCUAAAUAGCAGAGGUUAAAAAUCAAAAUAUAACUGGAUAAUUUUGAUAGUUGCUUAUCUGAAUCUUCCCAACAUUGGAAGUGUUUUCCUUGAUAACAUGUAUUUUGUUCUUGAAUUUUACUAGCCUUAAGCAAUAGUAUCCUUAUCACCAUUGGUUCUACCUAAAAGCAGGCUAAAAAGGUAACUGACAAUAACAACAACAAAAAAAGAUUGAAUUAGUAAUUUUUAAAGUCUCAAAAAGAAAAUCCCAGGCCUAGAUGGCUUCACUGCUGAAUUCUACCAAACAUUAAAAUUAGCCUUAAUUCUUUGCAAACUCUUCCUAGAAACAGAAGAGAGAACACUUCCAAACUUAUCCUUUGAGGCCAGUGUUCCCCUGAUACCUAAACCAAACAAAAAUACCACAAGAAAACAAAAAUAUUCCUUACAAAUACAGACACAAAAAUCAUUAACAAAAUAUUAACAUACUGAAUCCAGCGACAUAUAAAAAGGAUUAUACAUCAUGACCAAGUGGGAUUUAUCCCAGAAAUUCAAGAUUGGUUUAACAUCUAAAAAUUAAUUAAACAAAUAUACAGUCAAUUCUCAUUAUUCACAGUAGUUACGUUCCAUAAACUGACCACAAACACUGAAUUAGUGAAUAUGGAACCAUUGCUUUUA